CCAAAAAUGGCAAACACACCUGAAACGCUCCAACUAAACGUAAAGGCUUUAUGGUAGGGCAGAAUCAGGAAAAUAACGGACAGCUAGGAAAGUCCCAGUUAAAUGACAUGUAGUGGUUUCAAAACAGGAAUUCACUAAGGAAGGGAUACACCACAAGAUCAAAACAUUUGCUGAAAACCUAAGGGUGAAGACCAACCAGCAUAAUUCAGUGGUGAGCAGUACUGUGGAACUCUUUACAGUAAAGUAUUGAUUAUGUCAAGCGGCAGUUGGUGGAUAAUUAAAGGAUUCAUGUUCCUUUAUGUGAGCCAGUUUGGGUUUUGUGACCAACCCAAUCAAGUUUGUGUGAUUGGAAAUGGUACUAAUAGGGAAGACUGUUAUGAUUAUGCAUGGGUUUCAUUUGGUGAUAUGGUCUCUUCUCCACGCUUGGAGGGUGUGGUAUUCCUGGCUAAUCCUAAAGAUGCAUGCACAGAAGUGAUGCACAAAAGCAGCUACCCGAAUAUUUCAUAUGAUGGAAACGUCUUUCUCCUCAUUGAUUUUGGACAUUGUAAACCUUCCACCCAGGGCAUAGAGGCUACCAGAGGUGGCUUUGAUGCUGCUAUCAUACGAAGUCUCACAAGUGAUGAAGUUGAUCCUAUUGAAGCAGGAGAUAUAGAUGAUGUGGAUCUACCAGUUGUGUUUGUAGGGAAGAGAACUGGUGAGAUUUUAGAAAAUAAUGACUUCGAAAAUUUGCCAAACAGUAGAGUGUAUCUCACCCCUCAGGAGCUUCCUCCCCUUUGGAGUUAUGAAUUCUAUAUGAUUCCUUUUGCAAUCAUUGUAGGAAUCUGUUUUAUUUUGAUGGCAAUGUUUAUGAUCAGUCGCUACUACAGACAUUACCUAGAACAAAGGCGCAACAGGUUAUCUCCAUCAACUUUGAAAAAGAUACCGACGAAAAAAUUUAAGAAAGGAGAAGAUUAUUAUGAUGUUUGUGCCAUUUGUUUGGAUGAGUACAAGGAUGGUGAUAGGUUGCGGAUACUUCCUUGUGAGCAUGCUUACCACUGUAAGUGUGUGGAUCCCUGGCUCACAGAAGGGAAAAGAACUUGUCCUGUCUGUAAAAGACCAGUAGCAAACAACAGGGGGUUGGCAAGAAGCAGAUCUGGGAGAACUGAUUUGGAAUCCGUGGGCGAAACAAGUUAUGAGGCUGAGGCUGAGGCUGAUGAAACAACUCCACUCAUCUCAGGGACAUCCCAACAUAGAAAUUCUGUUACAAUGACGGUCUAGUCAUAAACAGCUCAUAGAGAAACCAGACUGAGUGUACAUUUACUUUUUCUGAACUCUUUUUGAAUAACCAUCGAUAAAUCAACAUACAGGAUCUUCAUGUUGAAUCCUGCUUGUGAGGUGAUUGUGAGCUGAAAGUUUCAAACAAUGAAAUUGCAAGGCAAGACUGAUCUACAAAAUCUUACUUUCUUCUAUAAGCAAUCUUAGUUGGUUGGUACAUGAAGUUGUAUGUGGUUGUUUGAUUCAGAUGUCUAUCCACUGGCAUGCAACAUGUUAUUUCUUAUUUUAACCCUUUAACUCCUGAGAUCCAAUUGUUAAUGCUCCCUUCUAGCAAAUGAAAUUUUUCUGGAAAAUUAGUUAUGGGAAUUUGGUAUCAGAUUAAGAUAACAGCUUCCUGAUAGGUUUGAGUGUUCUCAUCACCCAUUCUCUGCAUAAUGUAUGGUAUUGAAGGGAGAAAAUACAUGUAAAGUUAGGACUUGCUCUUAGUAUCUCUGAAUGUAAAUAAGACCUCAGCAAAACUCAAACUAGUUUUCCCACUCAGAGCUGUUACCUUGUUAUGUUAGUUUUUGUGGUUGUGAAUUUAACUAAGCUUUUUAAAAAAGGGGGUUACAUAUGUUCCUGUUUUAAUGUAAUCUUAUGUGCAAACAUUUUCAAUAGUUUUUUUUCCACUGGUAGACUGAUACUAAUCAGUAGGAGCUUGUUUAUCUAAAUAACUUUUUGCUUAGAACUGCACUGACGCCGGGAAUAGAAUAAGUCACAACUGGCUUUGGUAUUCUAUUCUCCUGCUCGAGAAUGACUAAGAAAUCAAAUAUUUGAAAUAUGUACUUACAUUUUAUUAUAUUCAAAAAAAGAGGAUAGAGCAGAAUUGGUUUAAUGAACUGCUUAAUUUUGAGAAAUUAAACUUGACAUAGGGCAACCAAUGUUUGAUUUCUUGUUUCACUUUAACCAAAGAAUAUGACAGUACUUGUGCAUUAAUCUGUUAUGGUUUGAUAGCAGCUUUUUCUUUCCUGCAAGACAAUUUCAAACACAGAAGGAAUUGUUCUCGGACUGUUGUAGGAGUGAGGAUAUAGAUUUAUAUGAGAUAUUUCAACUUGUAUUGACACCUGUCAAUUUGUGUAUGUGCAUAUUUGUAGAUAAGCUAAGAAGAUUUAAGCAUUUAAUCAAUGGACUUUAUGUAAUCAUUCAUUUUAAAGUUGCCUGAAGAUAACACAAAACAUUGCAUUGAACUCCUCAAUUGAAUUUGCUUCCCAUGAACUGAAGUCUUUAAGUUUUUGUAUAUAAUUAAGAGGAAUUUAUUACCUUGAAAAUUUUAAUUUAACACUUGUACUUGUACCGAAUUAUGUUUAGAGUAGUUCCUUGUUAUAAAUGCCUUUUCUUUUUUUUUUUUUUUAUUACAAGUGCAUAUUCACAGUGGUAAAUGAUUGAAACAAAAGAACCAUCCAUUCAUGUUUAGUCAUCUUUGAACACUACUCCUGGUUCUGUUUUGAUUACAAGUGCAUAUUCACAGUGGUGAAUGAUUGAAAUAAAAGAACCAUCCAUUCA